AUGACGAUUUUAUCGUUAUCAGUUCUCUUUUUAUUUCUUUCAAUUGAUUUUGCAAAAAGUUUGUAUAGCAAAUCUUUGGAUUGGAAUAAAUACGAUGAUCGCGAAUAUUCCGAUAAUUUUGCAAGAUCAGAUUUUGGUUCCAUAACAGGAUGGAAAAAUGAUCGUGCAAAAAUUUCCAAUAAAAGUUUAAGAAUAACAUUAAAAAAACAAUCGUUAUCAGAUAAAUGUGGAAUUGUAUCAAAUACAAUGAUUACAUCUGGUACUGAAUAUCAAUUGGAAUUUUCAGUGAAAUUUCAUAGUGAAUUUGAUUGGAGUCGAGGUGGAAAAGUUGGCUUUGGUUUAGGUAUGGGUGAACAUAAUACGGGAUGUCGUGUACCUACGAAAGGUGAAGGUGCAACAUUACGUUUAAUGUGGUAUCAAAAUGAUCAGAAAAGAGUUUAUUUUAUUCCAUAUCUUUAUUAUUAUAAAAUGCCGGGAAAUUGUGGAGAUAAUUUUGGCAAAUCUUAUCCGAAAACCGGUAGUCUUGAAAGAGGUAAAUGGUAUCAAAUACAAAUGUAUAUGAAAUCUAAUGCGGGUGAAAAUAAAAAUGGACAUGUGACAAUCAAAGUCAAUAAUGAAAUAUUAAUUGAUCAGAAAAUCUGUUGGACAAAACAAGAAAAUAAAAGAUUUAUCGACAAUUUGUCGUUUCACACAUUUCGUGGUGGAAGUAAUGUGACCAUUUGGGGAUCAAACACUGAUGGUUAUAUCUAUUAUGACAAUUUAUCAGUCAAACAAAUCAAAUAA